GAUAUCAAAGAGGAUAUUCAUUGUCCAUCGCACCGAUGACCACUUUACGAAUGAGACGAAUAUUGGGUUUCGUUGACUAUAUUAAGCCGUAGCAGGAUAGUUAAUCAUACGUACGGAGGUACGGUCGGAAUGUGAUUUGAUGCCUGGUUCUGUCGGGUAUGACCAGCACCGCUUCCACAUGUACCACCAGGUCGCAAAUCACAACACACCAUUUUUUUCAUAGAAUGUACACUGCACUUGCUUUAUAUUUACCACACACUUUAGGUUUUUUUUUGCUUGGUUAGAAUGGCCUGGCCGUCCGGAUGGGAGAGACGGUCCGGAUGGGAUUUGAACCACAGUCCUGCCGUGUGGGCCGGCGCCGUUUAUCACAUACACCACCGAGCCGCCACACUUUAGGUUUUAUUGAAUGAAGAAAAGACUAGGUUUUAUUCAAUAAAAAAGCACAAAUAAAUCGUCAUGUAUAUUUUGAUUGAUUUAUUCGUUUCUGUUGUGUUAAGAAAUACUCGUGUUGCAAAAAUUGAUAUACCUUCUUUGAUAAGCUAAUAACUGUUGAAAAUUCCAAAUAGCACCAAAAAUGGAAAAAUUAAAAAAAGAAGAAAAAACCAAAAAUCCGAACUAAUAGCAUUGGCUACAGGUCAUCUAGCGAAACGAAAAGAACUUAAAAACCUAUUCUCAUACCUAACCAAUGUUCAGCGAACAUUUCAUGCAAAUCGGUGCAGCUGUUUCGGAGGAGUUUGAAAACAAACACCGUGACAGUAGAAUUUUAUAUAAUUAUAUAUAGUGAACAAAGGACUACAUUGUUUUACUUACCUUCGCUAGUGUUGUUUUAAAAGCAUAAUACAAAAAUCCACCUAUUUUAAUUGAACUCAUAUUUUACGAGUUCAAGCAAUUCCGUACACACAUGAUUGAUGUAUAAUUUGUUCUCUCUUGUAGCAUCCUCACUGGUGAAGCGUUAUCGGAAACAGAACCGGGAAAGGAAACCGCGUCAAGCGUACAGCGCGAUGCAGCUCGAACGUCUCGAGGACGAGUUCCAGCGUAACAUCUACCUGAACGUAAACAAGCGCUUCGAGUUGGCGCAAUGUCUCGGGCUUACCGAAACCCAGAUCAAAACCUGGUUCCAGAACCGGCGCACCAAGUUUAAGAAGCAGCAAGACUCACGCAACAAGCGCGAACAGCGACAGCAGGCACAGCUGAUCGCACAAUGGUUGUUUCAGCCACAGCAAGUCGGUACGAUUCCGCUGGACGGUCAGUUUCAACCGCUGGCCCGGUUGCCCGUGCUUCCCGCACACCGGUCAUCCCUGGCGCUCGCACAAAGUACGCUCCAGUCGGCACUGAUGGCACCGUACCAUCUGUUACCACCUGCCACACCAUUGACGGUACCGUUGCAUCAGCAGCGUGCCUUGGAGAAAGGAUCUCGCAUUGUUGCACCGGUCUAUACGGUGCGCUCACCAAACGGUGCACCAGUGUAUCCCUCCCGAGUGCCAUUUGCAACGUGCAUGGUACCGUUGGGUACCGCUAACGGUAAGGAACCGGCUGAAAUAUCUGCCAAAGGUUCACCGGAAACGAUAGCGCCGGAUGAGAAGGAUAGCGUGCAGUGCUAG